AUGACGAGCCCUGAAGGCGGCAUCGAUGAUAGCGUGACAGGUCAAGAACUUGAUACAUUCCGCAAAACCUCUGCGACUGUCAAAGAGACAAUGCCACAACAACCCACUCAGCCCAACCGGGACGAAUACGAGCGUCUUUUCGGUAUCGACGACUUUCUGGACGAACAGCCAACGACUAGUCGGAGAGAGCUGUGGUCUUAUUAUCUAUAUUACAACGGUGACAAUGGGGUUGGCCCGGGAUCAUACAGCCAAGCAUUAUUUCAGUGGGCCUUGAAAAACGCGGGCUGGCAGCCAGGAACCAAUCCUCCAAAGCCGUGCACCGAAUCGUCUCCAUGUGUUGUUCCUUGGGCUGGGGGUGCACGGUCAAUCUCCUCAAUUAUUCUGAUCGCCAAUGGCCUUUGCUUCUCAUUUAUGACGGUGAUAUUCAUCUGGCUCGGGAGUGCUGCCGACUAUGGCUCGUUUGGUAGGUGGCUAUUGCUGGCGCUGACUGUCAUCUGCUGGGGUUUCCAGUAUGGUAUGAUGGCGAUUACAAGUCCAAACCAAUGGCACGCAGCGAUGGCGAUUUAUGUUAUUUCAUAUAUCGCCUAUGGUGCUACACUGGUCUUUUAUGCUGCUGUGUUCCCGAGGCUUGCUCGACAUAUGCCACAUGUCCGUAAGGCUCGCGAGGAUUUGAGAGAGGGUAUAAUCGGCCAAGGGGAGUAUGACACAAUCAAAUCUUUGGAAAGGAACCAUAUAAGCAACUAUAGCACUGCCCAUUCCAACAUCGGCUAUCUUUGCACGCUCGUCCUCAAUUUGGGUGUUUUGCUCCCGCUUCAACACAACAAAUAUUCAAACAAUUUAGCUCUUUGUUUGACAAAUUCAUAUUGGGUCAUACUAGGCAUAUGGUGGUUCAUACACCAGCAGAAACGACCAGGGCCCGAUGUUCCUGAUGGCUCCAAUUAUUUUACCAUAGGCUUCAAACAGAUUUGGCUUGGACUCAGAGAAGUCAGGUCGCUGCCGCAGACAUUUGUAUACUUUGUUGCGUAUUUCUUGUUGGCCGAUGGACUAAAUACGACCGAGACGCUGGUUUCUAUUAUCCAGAACAACUCAGUGUCUUUUUCGUUUCUUCAGAUAACCUACCUUGGAAUAACCCAGGCGGUUUGCUCGAUAUUGUCGACCUUCGGUUUUUCGUAUAUCCAAAAAUACUUCAAGAUAUCAACCAAGAGCAUGUUCCUAUGUACGAACCUUUUUAGUGUCUUCAUUCCGUUGUGGGGAAUGGUAGGCCUAUGGACAAACCGCAUUGGAUACCAUCACAUAUGGGAAUUUUAUUUCUACAAUAUCAUCUUCGGUCUAUUCCAGGCACCUUACUACGCAUAUGCACAGACCAUGAUCAGCGAACUGAUGCCCGAGGGAUACGACAACAUGUUCUUUGCUCUUUUCGGCAUCACCAACCGUGCAUCCUCAAUUAUAGGACCCAAUGUGAUCCAGGCGAUCAUUAAUAACACACAAAACAACUGGAUGGGAUUUCCCUUUCUAUUCGGCAUUUGCACCGCCGCUAUGAUCAUCAUCGCAUUCGUGGACGUUGACAGGGGUCGAGAGGACUGCCGCAAGUUCGCCGAAGCACGCAAGAUCGGCCGUAUUUCUGCACAAUAA